AUGCUGUCUAAUAUUUUAAAACAUUUUUCAUCAACAGUACGCCAUUAUCGGUUUGCUUCAACAUCAUCAUGUUAUACAACUAAGUUUUCGUAUCGACAAUAUUUAGUGUCUGAUUUAUCUAAUGCAAAUCUGAUUGAUACAUCGGUAUCCGUUUAUGGAUGGCUACAACAUCGUCGUAAGAAAUUAUUUGGAGUUCUUCGUGACCAUUCAGGCCUUAUUCAAUUCAUUCUCCCAAUCUCAAUGAAAGAACAGCGUACAAUUUUAGAAAAAACACCGUUUGAAUCAUGUAUCCAUGUCAAAGGAAUACUUAAGAAACGACCUGAAAGAGAUAUUAAUACAGACAUGACUUUAGGUCAUCUUGAAAUUCAUGUAACCGAUUACAAAGUAAUAAACGCCUGUUUACCAGAAUUACCAGUCAAUAUAACGAAAUAUCAUGAAUCACAUGAAAUAACACGUUUAAAAUAUCGCUAUUUAGAUUUUCGUCGUGAUGUAAUGCAAGAACGUAUUCGUUUUCGUUCAUCAUUUAUUGCCAAAGUGCGAGAAUUUUUAUUAAAACAUUCAUUUGUUGAUAUUGAAACUCCAUCAUUAUUUCGACGUACACCUGGUGGUGCACGAGAAUUUAUUGUUCCAACUCACUUAAACGAGGGUGGACUUUUUUAUGCAUUAGCACAAAGUCCACAACAAUUUAAACAGCUUUUAAUGGUGGGAGGAUUUGAUCGAUAUUUUCAAAUAGCAAAAUGUUUUCGAGAUGAAACAGGACGUCCUGAUCGACAACCUGAAUUUACUCAAAUUGAUUUAGAACUAAGUUUUGUUUCACGUGAAAAUAUUUUUUCUUUAGUUGAACAACUUGUAGUUGCCUGUUGGCCGGAAAAGCUUGAAAAAGUGUCAUUUCCUCGUUUAACUUUUGCUGAAGCUAUGUCACGUUAUGGAACAGAUAAACCUGAUACACGUUUUGGUCUUGAAAUCGAACAUAGUUCAGAACAACUUUCAAUAACAAGUCCUAUUCCAAUAAAUAAUGCCAACGAUUUAAUCGAUGGUGACAAUGAUAUAAAAUAUGAUGCAAAUAAUAGAAAAUUUCUUUUAAAUAAAACAAAUAAUGAACAAGAAUGUUUAAUUAAAAUGGGCAAAUUUCGUUUGAACUUAGCUGAUGUACUCGAAAAACAUUAUGGAAUUGAAUUAAGAAAAAGACGUCAAUGGAACUUUUUAUGGAUUAUAGAUUUUCCGUUAUUUACACCAAUGGAAGAUGAUCGAACAAAAUUUGAGUCAACACAUCACCCAUUUACAGCCCCAAUCAAUGAACAUGUAUCACUUUUAUCAUCAAAAAAAGAUUGGCCACAUAUUACAGGUCAACAUUAUGAUCUCGUUUUAAAUGGCUUUGAAGUUGCUGGUGGUUCAAUUCGAAUUUAUGAUUCAUCUAUACAACGCUUUGUUCUUAAUGAUGUUCUUCAAUUACCAAUUGAACAUUUGGAACAUUUAUUACAAGCACUCGAAUAUGGUGCACCACCACAUGGUGGUAUUGCACUUGGAUUGGAUCGGCUACUUGCUUUAGUACUCGAAACAGAACAUAUACGAGAUGUAAUAGCUUUUCCAAAAACAGGCAAUGGAAAAGAUCUUAUGGCUCAAGCACCCAGUCUCGUUGAACAAUCAGAAUUAGAUUACUACUUUUUACAAAUAAAUAGGAAACACAGCUGA